AUGGCGACAGAAACUGCAGCCCCCGUCCCCUUGACAAAGGUCGACUCCGCCGUGCAAGGCCUGUCGAGUAGUCCGCCCAAGGAGACCAAGCGGAGAGCCAGCUCGAGUGUCCCCGGCGUGUUCAACAUUCUUGAUUUAGAAAAGGAGGGCAAGGAGCUCUUGAUUGCCAAGGAGACGCAGAAGCUGAACUGGCGCAUCAACAAAUCUCCCAUGUCCAUCGACGACCCCGAGAAGGCCUUCCUCAAGCUGAUGCUCACCGAGCCCCCCGUCAAGAAGAUCGAUCUGCACUUCCCCCUCGGCCUGGAGGUGACGGCGCGGAAUCUGAGAGGUGUGACGAUCAAGGAUGCGCUGGACGCUAUCUACAAGCAGUUCCGCAAGAAGGCCGACGAUGAACUCGAAACCCCUGUCCUCGCCGGCUUCGAAUGGGAUAAAGAGGAGUCCUGGACCCGCCUCGUGGUACACUGCAAGAAAGAAGGCGCACCUCAGCCCAAGAAGAAGGCCAAGAAGGCUGCCCAGGAGGCCACCGGUGACAACGAUCUCUAG